CCUCUAUGCUUCCCUCCUUUCUCAGGCUUGCGGUGAAAGUCUGGCGGUAGAGUGUCUGGGUGCUGGUUGACGUGCGGCGGAUCUCCCACAACCAUGCCUGAGGUCGCGGAUACUUGUUCCUUGGCUUCUCCAGCCUCGGUCUGCCGAACCCAGCACCUCCAUCUUCGCUGCAGCGUCGACUUCGCUCGCCGGGCACUGACCGGGACCGCCGCGCUCACGGUCCAGUCACAGGAGGAUAAUCUGCGCAGCCUGACUUUGGAUACAAAAGACCUUACGAUAGAAAAAGUGGUGAUCAACGGACAAGAAGUCAAAUACACUCUUGGAGAAAGCCAGGGUUACAAAGGAUCGCCGAUGGAAAUCUCCCUUCCCAUCGCUCUGAGCAAAAAUCAAGAGGUCGUUAUAGAGAUUUCCUUCGAGACAUCUCCCAAGUCCUCGGCCCUUCAGUGGCUCACUCCCGAGCAGACUUCAGGAAAGCAGCAUCCAUACCUCUUCAGUCAGUGCCAGGCCAUCCACUGCAGGGCAAUCCUCCCUUGCCAAGACACUCCUUCUGUGAAGUUAACCUACACCGCAGAGGUAUCUGUCCCCAAAGAACUGGUGGCUCUCAUGAGUGCCAUCCGUGAUGGAGAAGCCCCUGACCCAGAAGACCCCAGCAGGAAGAUAUACAGAUUUAACCAGAGGGUUCCCAUACCGUGCUACCUGAUUGCUUUAGUCGUUGGCGCUUUAGAAAGCAGGCAAAUUGGCCCAAGAACUCUGGUGUGGUCUGAGAAAGAGCAGGUGGAGAAGUCUGCUUAUGAAUUCUCUGAGACUGAAUCCAUGCUUAAAAUUGCAGAAGAUCUGGGGGGACCCUAUGUUUGGGGACAGUACGACCUGUUGGUCCUGCCCCCAUCCUUCCCGUACGGAGGCAUGGAGAAUCCUUGUCUCACAUUCGUAACCCCUACUCUAUUGGCAGGUGACAAGUCACUCUCUAAUGUUAUUGCACACGAAAUAUCGCAUAGCUGGACAGGGAACCUAGUGACUAACAAGACUUGGGAUCACUUCUGGUUAAACGAAGGACAUACCGUCUAUUUAGAGCGCCACAUUUGUGGGCGGUUGUUUGGGGAAAAAUUCAGACAUUUCCACGCUUUAGGAGGAUGGGGAGAGCUACAGAACACGAUAAAGACUUUCGGGGAGUCCCAUCCCUUCACCAAGCUCGUGGUCGAUCUGAAGGACGUAGACCCCGAUGUGGCCUACUCCUCCAUUCCCUACGAGAAGGGCUUCGCCUUGCUCUUCUACCUGGAACAACUUCUUGGGGGACCGGAGGUGUUUCUAGGAUUCCUAAAGGCUUAUGUGGAGAAGUUUUCCUACCAGAGCGUAACCACUGAUGACUGGAAGAGUUUCCUGUAUGCUCACUUUAAAGAUAAGGUGGAUCUUCUCAAUCAAGUUGAUUGGAAUGCCUGGCUCUAUGCUCCUGGCCUGCCUCCUGUCAAACCCAAUUACGAUGUGACUCUCACGAAUGCCUGCAUCGCCUUAAGUCAAAGAUGGGUCACUGCCAAAGAGGAAGAUUUAAAUUCAUUCAGCAUCGAAGACCUGAAGGACCUCUCGUCCCAUCAGCUGAAUGAGUUCCUGGCACAGGUGCUUCAGAAGGCACCUCUUCCCUUGGGGCACAUAAAGCGAAUGCAAGAGGUGUACAACUUCAAUGCCAUUAACAAUUCUGAAAUACGAUUCAGAUGGUUACGGCUCUGCAUUCAAUCGAAGUGGGAAGAAGCAAUUCCUUUGGCCCUAAAGAUGGCAACUGAACAAGGAAGGAUGAAAUUUACACGACCUCUAUUCAAGGACCUCGCUGCCUUCGACAAAUCCCACGAUCAAGCUGUCCGCACCUACCAGGAACAUAAAGCCUGUAUGCAUCCCGUGACCGCCAUGCUGGUGGGGAAAGAUCUGAAAGUGGAUUAAGGAACUGAGUGUUGCUGAUUUCAGAAAAUUCCUUUUUUUAAGAAAAAAAAUCGAACCUAUUAAGAAAUACAAAAUUUUAGCUCUCGUUGUA